AUGCCGAAAUUCAACCACAUCAAACGACGCAAGGAAUACGAAGCUUUCGCAAGAAUGGACGAUGGAACACCGCCGCGAACUCCACAGCCUCUUCCGAAGCGCAAUCGCACAGGCCCACGCGCGACGUCUACAGACAUCUACAGCAUAAUCGCAGCGCGGAGAGCGGCCGGCCGACCGACGCCAGAGAUUCCUGGGUUGGCUGAGAUGGGACGAGAUCCGUCGUCCGAGGUCAAACCACGAAAAAAGAUUCGAUUCGAGGGACUUGAUCAGCUGAGUUCUGAUGAUGACCGGCCCUCCGGCACAGAAUCACAAUUCAUUGAUCCCGAUUCAUCCGUUGUGAAUCCUUCAUCUGAAUUCUCUCAGGCUACAUCAACUCCAUGGUAUGACGACUCUAUCGAAGAAGACAUGUUAGAUCUGGGAGACGAGUCAGAGAUCACCCUCCCUGCGAGUGACGAGCCAGAACUCGCCCGCCUUCGCUCUCCUAAACUCAUGGUUCAUGGCUAA